AUGAUAAAAGAGGUGAAGGAGGCUUUUUGUUUUGUAUUUUCAUAUGAUUUCUGGCACAUGGGUCUUUGGGGCAUCUCUCUGUUUUCUUCCUACUUGCAAUUGCUUAAAGCAACGAUCUUUGGCUCAAAAUAUACUUCCAUUUCUGGCUCCAUCGAUCCAAAGAUUGGGUCUUCAAGACCCAUUUGUGUUAUCACUGGUGCUACUUCUGGACUUGGUAAGGCCACUGCAUUUGUUCUUGCAGAAAAGGGUUUCCACGUCAUUCUUGUUGGAAGGUCCUCUCAGCAUCUUUCAGAGACAUUGAAGGAAAUCAGGAGCAAGAACAAAGAUGCCCAACUCAAAUCUUUUAAAGUUCACAUGUCCUCUUUUGAAUCAAUCUUAAAGUUUAAAAACUCUCUAGAGCAAUGGCUCUCGGACGAAGAGUUACAUCCUUCGAUUCAGCUUUUGGUGAACAAUGCUGGGAUAAUGGCAACUUCUAGUCGACCAACCACGGAAGGUUAUGACAGGAUGCUUGUUACAAACUAUGUUGGCCCAUUCUGUUUGACCAAAAUUCUUUUGCCACUCCUGAAAAACAGCUAUGUGCCUUCACGGGUCGUGAAUGUUGCAUCUUUCGCACAUCGUUAUGCUUCUAUUCGGAAGUUUGACAAGGAUUCUGUAAAUGGAGUAUAUACUUCGACAUUAAACAAAUAUCCUUUUGCUCGGGCCUACGAGUAUUCUAAAUUAUGCAUUCUGAUUUUCACAUAUGAAAUGCAUAGACGGCUUCGCCUCACAGACGAUUCACACCAUGUCUCCGCUAUAGCUGCAGAUCCCGGAUUUGCGAAAACGAAUCUAUUGCGCGACUUUCCUACAUAUAUAGCUGCCAUGGCCUUUCUUGGUUUCAAAAUACUUGGCCUCCUCCAAACCCCUGAGGAAGGAGCUGAAUCUAUCGUCGAUGCAGCUUUAGCUCCACCUGAAAUAUCAGGUGCUUACUAUUUUGGAGGGAAAGGAAGAACCAUUGAAUCAUCAAAAGUUUCUAGAGAUCCGAAACUUGCUAAACAACUUUGGGAAACUUCUUGUGAUUUGUUUAAUGAGUUGCAGCAUUUUCAUCACAACAACUAA